AUGUACCACCGGUGCCGGAGUAUGAAGUUUGCGAUUCUGACAGCACUUCAGGCUUUAUCAGUCACUAUUUGCGUGUGUGAGAAUGUGCGCUCCAAAUCCUCUGAAGGGAACCUUCUGAGCUCAACGGUUCAACGUAGACAAACAGCGAAGCAGAAACACUACGGGACAACGGUACCUCUCCUUUUAGUCGGACAAGACUGGAAACCAAUCAGCCUCCUCAAGUCCCAGGGUCACCCUGCAUCACUGAAGUUCCUGAUUGAAGCGGAAGGUGAGCAGCUGCUCUUGGCUCUGGAGAAAAAUGAGGGGCUGUUUGCAAGUCACUAUACAGAAACCCAUUACCUGGAAGAUGGCAGCGCAGUCACAGGCUCUUACAACUUCACGGUAAACUGCUACUACCACGGUAAGGUGGAGAGUCAUGCCAACUCGGAUGUCAGCCUCAGUACCUGCGCUGGGCUUAGGGGCUUCAUCUCGCUUGAAAACAGAUCCUAUGUACUGGAACCAUCUGCUGAUCACAACAAUGGGACUCACUGGGUCUACAGAGCCGAACACCUCAACCUCACUCCCGGCACUUGUGGCCACAAUUUCAACAUAUCCCAUCCCACUGAACACAGCCUGAACCAGGCCGACAGCAGCCUAUUCAGGUCUUUCAGCACAAGGCAUAAACGGCAUGCCCAGACUACAACCAAGUACGUGGAGCUGAUCAUCGUGGCUGACAACAGAGAGUUCCAGAAACAAGGCAAGGACAUGGAGAAGGUCAAGCAGCGGCUGGCUGAGAUCGCCAAUUACGUGGACAAGUUUUACCGGGCCUUGAAUAUCCGGGUGGCUCUGGUGGGCCUGGAGGUGUGGAGUGAUGCUGACAAGUGUCCCGUCACCCAGGACCCCUUCACCACCCUGCACGAGUUCCUGGACUGGAGGAAGGUCAAGCUGCUGCCUCAGAGGCCUCAUGACAACGCUCAGCUCGUCAGCGGGGUAUAUUUCCAGGGCACCACCAUUGGCAUGGCACCCAUCAUGAGCAUGUGCACAGCGGAGCAGUCGGGCGGCAUCGUCAUGGACCAUUCAGAUAAUCCCCUUGGAGCUGCAGUCACCUUGGCGCACGAGCUGGGACACAACUUUGGAAUGAACCAUGAUACACCGGAAAGGGGCUGUGGCUGCAGGGUGACAGUGGAUCGUGGAGGCUGCAUCAUGACCCCCUCCACCGGAUAUCCGUUCCCCACGGUAUUCAGUAGCUGCAGCAAGAAGGACCUGACCGCCAGCUUUGAGAAGGGUGUCGGCAUGUGUCUGUUCAACAUGCCAGAGGUCAAGGUGCUCUAUGGCGGGCAGAAAUGUGGCAACGGCUACGUGGAGGAGGGAGAGGAGUGUGACUGUGGAGAACUAGAGGAGUGUCUGAAUCCCUGCUGUAAUGCAACUACAUGCACUCUGAAGGGAGACGCUGUCUGUGCCCAUGGACAGUGCUGCCAGGACUGCCAGCUGAAGCCAGCGGGCACCCCAUGCCGUGAGUCCAGUAACUCCUGUGACCUGCCAGAGUUCUGCACUGGCACCAACCCUCACUGCCCUGCCAACGUCUACCUGCACGACGGCCACGCCUGUCACAAUGUGGAUGGCUACUGCUACAACGGCAUAUGCCAGACCCAUGAGCAGCAGUGCAUCACACUGUGGGGCCAAGGUGCCAAGCCAGCCCCGGGCAUCUGCUUUGAAAGGGUCAAUUCAGCGGGAGACCCCUAUGGCAACUGUGGCAAGGACUCUAAAGGCUCCUUUGCCAAAUGUGAAGCAGGAGACGCUAAGUGUGGCAAAAUUCAGUGUCAAGGAGGAGCCAACCGCCCUGUAAUCGGCACCAACGCCGUUUCUAUAGAAACAAACAUCCCCCUGCAGGAGGGAGGGCGGAUCCUUUGCCGAGGGACCCAUGUCUACCUCGGGGAUGAUAUGCCUGACCCCGGCCUUGUCCUGACGGGUACCAAGUGUGGAGACGGGAUGAUGUGUCUGAAUCGCAAAUGCCAGAAUGUCAGUGUGUUUGGUGUACAUGAGUGUUCCGCCAAAUGCAGUGGUCGAGGGGUGUGCAACAACAACAAAAACUGUCACUGCGAGGCCCACUGGGCGCCCCCAUUCUGUGAUAAGGCGGGUUUUGGAGGGAGUGUGGACAGCGGUCCCAUGAGAUUAGCAGACAGUAGGAAUCUGGCGGUGGGGAUCCUGGUGGCUCUCCUCACUCUGCUCGGAGCUGGUCUGAUCAUCUGCAUCAAGAGGAAGACUCUGCUGGGCCUGCUCUUCACCAAUAAAAAGAACCCCAUCGAGAAACUCAGGUCGGUGAAUUCUGGGACGAGCAGACCGUCCAGCCCUAACCAGUCCCAGUCUGUGAACACAACCUCUCAGCCCCACAGUGCCAGCAUCUUCAAGCCUCCUCACCGAGGGCCAGAGGCUGCUCUUCCACAGGCCCCCUACCCCUCCCACAGCCUGCGCAGACUGCCCCAGUGCCCUCCAGUUCACCUUAGCCACCCAGUCCCUCUGUCUCUCACCUUGUCCCUCUCUCCUGUGCCUGGACUGGGCCCUGUGCAGCCCAGACCCCCAGCCCCUCCGCCCCACCGAGCCCCUCCGCCUCACAUCCACAUUCCACCUAGGGGGGCAUCGUUCCGCAGUGCGCCGCGCCAUAACUCCUGCAGGAUGGUCAUGGAAUUGGAGAAGCCCAGUCCGCCCCAGAAGCCUCUUCCUGCUGAUCCGCUGGGAAGGAGCUCUCGGCUGGUUCGAAGUCCCUCUGCCAUGCAGGGCCCACACGUGGUCGAAGGGCCCUCUGCUGUUUGUGGCCCUGUUACAAUCCCCGGGGUACCCAGACCUGUCCGCCCCGCCCCCAACAGACCCGCUCCCAAGCAACCUCCAACUCUACCAAAGCCUCGAAUAAUUGCCAAAGUCAAGUAUAGCAGCUGAGACUAGGCCAGAAGGGACAUUGUUGCGAUAAGACAUUAUAAUUUGCACUAUGAAAACUCUGAAAACCUUAAAAGAUGGUGGCUUCUCUGAGUUUUGAAUAAGGAGACCUGCCGUGUCCCCUUGGUGCUCUGUCUCUGAAUGGUGCUAUGAGUCUGAGCUCAGGUACAUGUAAAGUAUUUAUAUUCUGUAUUUAUUGCCAUACAGUGCACUGUGCCAGACACUUUUGCGUUACGUCAGCAACUUAGAGUUUUGAAUUUUGUCGUUUGUGUUCAUUUCACAAUCGGUUAUUUUCCACAUUGGCUGAUCUUUGUCAAGGACAGCGGGAGGAGAAAAAGAAACAGAAACCAAUCCUUUAAAAUCUGUGAAGUUGUGAUGUACAGAAAAUGUUGUGUGAAUGGAACUGCAGUUAUAAUGAAGGGAACUCUUCACGUGAUAAUGUUGUUUUAGGGGAUAGCAGAAGAGUUGAAGAAUGACGCAUAAUGUGCAAUGACAGAGGAGUGCUCUCUUGCAGAGUAUAGUCCUCAUGUUCCAACACUUUCCCCCAGUCCACUCGGAGGCCUUUGAGAGAACUCUUCCAGCUAAUUUGGAACACACUAGAUUUGAUGGAUGGAGACAGUUUUUGUAACAGGGCCAUGUUCUCCACAGUGACUCUGAGGGAUCACGGGCCAGGCAAGGUUUGAGACAAUCAAAGGAGAAAGAGCAUAGGCAAGGCCUGCCAUUAAUGCGAAGGUCCUGCAGUGCGAUUGUCAACACGUGAUUACACAUCUGCAGCUUUUUGGUGGAGCGGUGUGGAUCUGCCCAGCCAGCGGAGAUUUACUUCUGUUUCCCUUCAUUCAGUUUUGGGAAAGGUAACCGGUGCAAUUAUGAAACAAUACAAAUGUCAGUGAUUCAUCAUCUUUCAUUUAACAAGACCCAGGCAGCUCAGUCAAGGGAUCUGGGGACUUAAAUGUGAAUUGAACAUGGAUCUUAAAUGAGCUGAGAUCAAGGAAGUGUUCAUCCCUCAGAGAGACUGCACAGCUCUGAAAUAUUGCUCUGCUAAAAGGUCGUGUGUGCUUUGGAUAUUUCCCUGUCUGCCUGUAUGCACCGAGGGCUCUUUGUGAAAUUCUGUGAUUGAAUCACGGGAUCGCUAACGAAAUUCUUACAACCUGGCAGCCAUUAAGGCCAAAUAAACUUUAUGGAGGCACCUGUGUGCAGACAGGCAGUGCCUGGCUAGAGGGUUAAUGUGUGGAUAUUGAACCAACAGAGUUAGUUUUUCUCGAUGGGCCAGAGCCUGAUUCACUCGACAAGGAGGCAAUUCUAUGUGUCUUCCUGCCCAUGAAAUGAUGUUUAGUGCUUAUUCAGUGUGCUCUGAGCCAGCAAUCAUCCAAAACUUGACUCCCAUUGCUGAUAGUAGAGAUAUGUGCAGCAGUUAUUCAUUGUCUACGUUUUUUUUUUUUUUUUUUUUUUUUUUUUUUUUUUUUACUUUUUACUUUGGCUAUUAUCUGUCUAGAAGAGUCUUUCAAGCCAUUCUACAUGUCUGAUACCACGUCUUACAUCAGUCAACAUGGCAGUCUUUCCUUAUAUUCCUUUGUUUUUGCAGUAUUAUUGUUUUAUCCUUGAUUGCCAUGCAGUGUAUGUACAUUCACAUAGAGCAACACUUCCUUUAAGCACAGACCUUAUUCACAAAUAGAUAGGCUGAGAAAAGACAUGAUUUGUGAUGCCCAUCUAGCAUUUCUGUGAGUUGUAACACAGAAAUCCAAUGUUAAAUAAUUGUUACUUUUGAUACUGUUAUAUUUUUAAUGAUGCACUAGUUUUACAUUACUUUGUUUACUUUGCUAUGUCGAUGCCAUGUGUUCAUGUACUAGUAGUUGCGUCAGUAUUAGUGAACAGUCCCCUGACUGUAUGUCCAUGUGUUCCUUGUCAGCUGUGUGUUACCGGUGAACACAUUUUCAUGGAGGACGCUUUUUUGUAUGAUUAUUUGAUACAUCAUAUGUAAAGAAAACACUUCAAGUGUCAAAGUCUGUCCGUGGCAUUCUGAA